GCGUGUGAUUCAUAAUAAGUUUGUGAUGCAGUAUGGGGAGGUCUGUACUUGGACUGGCAAGUUGUGUCUUAUGGGUAAUUUCAGUGGGACUCGUCAAGGGCGAAUGCGAUGAUUUCCACGCCGGUUUCCACGACUACUUCUCAACCUUGGUGUCACCCGACUAUCCGGACCCCUACCCACCGGCCACCCGACGACAAUGGCAUCUUGAAAUUCCAGAAGGUGUUCAGGCCCUAAUUCGCAUAAACGCUCUGGAGAUCGAAAGAACGUGGGACUACUUGAGGCUGGAACACACCCACCAGACUGCACACGGCACCAAUAUUACUCGCUUCCCAUUGGUCAGCGGUAAUGUGACGUCAAUGUUACUCCCGCAGGGAAACGUGAUGUUAGACUUUUGCAGUGACGAGUUUGAGAAUUUCGAGGGCUUCUCUUUUGAUGUGCGCACGCGUGAGAGGAAUGGCAAGUGUAUAAUACUUUAAAAACCAAUCAGAAUUAUUCUCAGUUGUUCUUUUUGCCCUUUCCUUUUGCCCCCCUCUCUCUCUCUCUGACGUAUCAGUUAUAGAGGAGUUUUAGGGGGCUGUUUUUUGUGUUGACAUUACAUUCUUUGUUCGAUAAUUGUAUUGUAUUUUUCUUUCACCAUUUGUAGAAAAAAG